AUGUUCUUCUCAAAGACCGCCGCCGCUUCCGCCCUGCUGCUCGCUUCCGGCUCGCUGGCCGCUGCCCAGACCUGCUCGACCGACGGCAUGUACUGCACUGCUGCCGGCAGCAGCCCCAACUACACUUGGUGUGCCAGCGGCGCUGUCUACAACUUUGCCUGCUCUGCCGGCACCGUGUGCAUCCAGAGCGGCAGCUCUGUCUACUGUGGUUUCUCGACUUACGGCGAGAAAUCUCUCCAGGCCACCUGCGCUGAAAACAACUACGAUGUCAUCGUUGUGGCUUUCCUCGAUACCUUUGGCCAUGGCCAGGUUCCCCAGGUUCACCUUGACCACCCCUUCAACGAGACCACUGUCGGCAUUCAGUACUGCCAGUCCACCGGCACUGCCGUCAUUCUCUCGGCCGGUGGUGCCAAUGCCGGUGGAUCCAGCUUGUCUUCCAGCUCCGAUGCCUCCAACUUUGCUACCCAGUUGUGGAACACCUUCCUCGGUGGCAACAUCAACGACCCCACUCGCCCCUUCGGCACCGCCGUCUUUGACGGCUUCGAUCUCGAUAUCGAGAACGGCGCCAACGGCUACUACCCCGACUUUGUCAACACCUACCGCAGCCUUGCCCCCAAGGGCAGCUACUACCUCACCGCUGCUCCGCAGUGCUUCUACCCCGACGCCUCCCUUGGCAGCACCCUCUCCAGCGUCGGCGGCCAGUUCGACUGGGUCUCGGUCCAGUUCUACAACAACUGGUGCAGUGCUGACAACUACCAGGCCGGCGAUAUCUCCAACAUCAACGCCCGCUUCAACUACGAUCAGUGGGAUCAGCUCGCUGCCCAGGAAGGCUUCGACCUUGCCCUCGGCCUCGCUGCCUCGACCGUCGCCGCUUCCUCUGGCUAUGUCGCCCCCGCUGGAGUGGCCAACAUUGUCAAGGAGAUCCGUGCUACCUCUGGUGCCUCUUCUCGCUUCGCUGGUGUCAUGUUCUGGUCGACGGCCCACGCCGACAACAACAACAACUUUGGUGGCGCCAUCAAGACCAUCCUCCAGUCCUAAACUGUUUCUGUUGAAUAGCUGUGGUUACGAUGAGCGCCUUUUCCCUCUCCGCCGCCAUGCGCCAUAGACUUGCUCCUUUCCCUAUGCCCCUCCUCCUCUGUCUGUAAUCCGCGCUGCCCCGCUUAAUUCCCUGUACCCCCCUUGCGGCUGUAUGUCUGUGGCGAUCCUCUUGUCUGCCGAGCUGGUCCGAUUCGUCCUGCAGCCGCGCCUGUGAAUGAAGAGUAAUAGUGAAUCGCCUUGCCUCAUAUGGCCCUCUUUUA